AUUUUGAAAGCAACCCGGAAGUGAGGUCAUGAGGUGCCUCGGAGUUUCCCAGUGAUCCAGGUUUUGUUUACGUGCUUCCUUCCACCGUGGAUUGUGCUGACAGCUGUUGAGAUGACGCCGUGGAGAAGAGAAACACGCCCACGGUGUUGUAAGAAACACGGCAAAUAGCCAAUCUCGGAGACCCGCAGCCCAACCCGGACAGUCCCUACCUGAACCGCCGUCAUGGGAGCCAUCAUUUCACAGAUCCUCUCCAUCUUCACCUCCAAGAAUCCCGUCAGGAUUCUAAUGGUGGGUCUGGAUGGUGCAGGUAAAACCACUUUGCUGUACAAACUCAAGCUGGGCAACGUGGUCACUACCAUCCCGACCAUCGGUUUCAACGUGGAGACGGUGGAGCACAGAAACAUCAGUUUCACAGUUUGGGAUAUUGGUUAUCAUCUCAUGACCAGACCGCUGUGGAGACAUUACUACGCCAACACGCAGGGUUUUAUUUAUGUGGUUGACAGCAGCGAUUCAGAGAGGAUUAAAGAGGCCACAGAAACGCUUCUUAUGCAGCUGGAGGAGGAUGAGCUGAGGGACGUUCCAGUUCUGGUUUUUGCUAACAAACAGGACUUACCCAGAGUCAUGUCGGUCGAUGACAUCACAGAGGCUCUCAGCCUAUCAGGAGUCCGGCAGCCGUGGUUCGUCCAGUCGUCCUGUGUCGUCAGCGGCGCCGGUCUGGUGGAGGGACUGGACUGGCUCUCCGACCAGAUCCUGAAGAAGUAGCUGCUUCUGAGAAGCUCUGAUUUCUGACGUUCCUGCUGAGUCUUUGAAGGCACCAGGUGCCUACCUGGCACCGUUUACCUGGAGAAACCUGAAGGAUUUUCUGAGAAAACGUCCAAACCUGUAAAACUAUCGCACUUUUUCUCUGAAAAGAGAUCACCAGAAACUAUUUGAUUUUUUUUUUUAUUUGAAUUUGGGUUUGGAAAAGUUGAGAUAUUUACAUGACUGUCAUUUUUUUCUAAUAAUUAUUCUGAUGAUUUUCUUGCUUCUCUGCACAACUUUGUGCUCUAAAAGAUGUUAUUUGUUAUUUUGGGUGUUUUUACAACAAAUUUGAUGGUGGAUUCGCAAAAAAACUAGAAAAAUAAACAUGCUUCAUUUCUCAGCAGAUAUUACAUUAAUAUCUUAUGAAACUUUGUAUUUAUAGUGAAAUCUGAAUGUUAAUUAUUUGCUGAUAGAUUUUAUAUUGUCCUUGAUAGUUUCUUGCUUCAAACAAUCAACAUUUUGCACUUCCAAUCACGUUUUUUUGGUUGUUUUUACAAAUUUGAUGGUAAAUUCAUAAAAAAGGAGAACAACAAACCAAUGUGCUUUAUUUUUCAGCAUAUAUUACACUAAUCUCUUGAUUUAUUUGUAUUUAUUGUAAAAUCUGUAAAUUUACGAAGAGAUUUUAUAUUCUUUCAGUGACAGUUUUCUUGCUUUUCUACACAACUUUGUGUACUGAGAUUUCUUUUGGUUGUUUUUAGAAAUAAAAUACAGUAAAAA